AUGAAUACCUACCUGGUCACUUGUCUCCUCGUGUUCCUCGCAAUUCAUUCUGUCGUAUCUGAAAUACAUUCAGGACACAAUAUUGGAGAAAUAGACAUCAACAAUAAUCAUGGCCUAACUUCCAACACCAUCGUUGAUGACCAUCUCAAAGGGGUAGCUGUCAAAGGAGGUUUUGGUAGUGGAUUAUCUUCAGUUCUUCCUGGAGGACUCACAGGUGGUAACCAUUUUCAAACGGUGACUCAAAACGUACCAGUACCUAUACCACAGCCCUAUCCGGUUAUCGUGAACAGACCAGUACAAGUACCAGUACCUCAGCCUUAUCCAGUGGUAGUGUCCAGGCCAGUACCAGUCCAAGUGACCAGGACUGUGCCAGUACCAGUGCCACAGCCUUACAGGGUACCCGUACAAGUACCAGUGCAAGUACCAGUUCCACAACCAUACCCUGUGUCAGUACCUCAGCCAUAUCCAGUACGUAUUCCACAAACUAUACUGGUGCCCGUACCACAACCAGUGAAUGUUGGUGGAAACUUUAGGAGUAGCGACUUUGGCGGAGUUUAUGGAGGCGGUUUUGGAGGUUAUGGAAAAGGAUUUGGAGAAGUAUUUGGAGGGUAUGCAGCUGAAGGAAAAGGAUCACCAUCUUACAGUUACACCACAGUGCAAGUUGGUAGUCAUAGCAACUCCAAACACUGAAUGGAAGCGAUGAUAUCUCGAAAUAACUCAA